UAUUAGCUGUCAUAUCUCAGUCCAAUUCACAAGGUGUGCUAAAAUUCCUGGUCUGAAAAUCCAGAUUGAAUAUUAUUAUAUACUACCAAAAUGGAAGAACAGAAUGUUGACGAAACGAAAACCAAUCCGCUGUCGCGAAAACUAAAGUUCUCCGGUAUUUGUAAGCUAACCGAUGAGGAACUGUCGCAUCUCUACAAGCUCGACGAGCUGACAGACGAGGAGCUGGCUUCCGUGGACCUGAAGAGAAGCUCCUUGAUCGAUGACUAUCGUCUUCUGCACGAGGUUUCGAUGAUGAGGCAAAUGGAGAACGAAGCCGCAAAGCCCCCAAAUCCCCCAGAACCCCCAAAGCCCCCAAAUCCCCCAGAACGCCCUAAAGCCCGUAAGCUUCUUCAUUUCGUCAAGGUCAUGAGUUUCGAGGAGGAGCCUGGGACCAUCUUCACCGAGGAGCAGUUGCGGCUCGAUUCGAACUACAUGGAGCUAAACAGCGAUAUAUUCCGCCUGGAGUCCUUCUACAAUUACCUGGACAGCAUGUACGUCAGCGGCAAUUCCAAUAGAGCAAUCGAUUUGGUGAUGUUUGGCAUCCACCGUUUGAACAUCAACAUUCUGAUGAAUAUCCAUAAGUUCCAUACGCCAAAGAAAGCACAUCAGCUCCCGGUGCAUUAUGAUUGUAACAAAUUUCAAAUAAAACUUUGCAUUCCCAAAGGCAGUCAGAAGUUCCAGGCAUUCGAACAGCAGAACCUUACUGUUCACACGUUUAGAAGUUUUAAAAUAGGUGGCUUAAAAUUCCAGUAAAGCAUCAUAAUAUCCCGGCUUAUGUGUGUCCAACAUGGAUAACAUGCGCUUUACGGACGAUCCCACUGGUGAGGGGCGUACAAUUGAUGGAUUGAAUCAGAUCCCAGCUGAAAAAAAGUUUAUAUGGAACAUACCCAACAAAGAGUACACGUUUAAACUGCUUAAGCAGUUGGUCAAUUAGAUGCGUUUCCAUGUGGAUCGCCGUCUGCGGUCGUUAUACGAUCGUCUAGAGUACAUGUUCGUCGGUAGCGAUCUCAACUUGGCCAAGCGCCGUCUUGAGAUGUUCGCCAGAUGGCAGAAUAAAUAAUUCCACGCAAUGUGAAGCCAUAUAAAACGCGACGUUAUCUAGGAGAAGUGUUGAAAUGCACCAGAAUCUUGUAUUUUAAACCAAAUUCCAAUCACAUUUUAGCACUUAAUUCAUGCGCAUUUGUGUUUAGUUC